UUCCAUGAUAUACACAAAUUAACUUGGCUCAAGAACAAAUACAAGAAAUAGAGAGAGAGAGAGAGAGAGAGGAAGAGAAAUGGAGAUCUCUCUUCUUAGAAUCUUUUCUUCUGUUGCAAUUAUUGGAGUUGUUUAUUUGAUCAAGGAAAUCUUGCUUGGGCCAAAGAAAGCGAAGAAGAAGCUCCAAAUGCAAGGUAUUAAAGGGCCUUCUCCUUCUUUUCUUUAUGGAAAUCUUCCUGAAAUGCAAGAAAUCCAGUUCAAGAAUUCAAGAAAAGAAGCUCCAACCCAAGUUGAUGAUAUUGUUGCUCAAGAUUAUACUUCUAUUAUUUUCCCUUACUUCGAACAUUGGAGAAAACAAUAUGGUCCAAUAUACAUAUAUUCAACAGGGUUUAAGCAACAUUUGUACGUAACCGAUCCUGAGUUUGUGAAGGAAAUGAACCAGUGCAACACUCUGGCCUUAGGCAAGCCUCCUUAUGUGACUAAAAGAUUUGCGCCCAUGUUUGGCAAUGGUAUUAUGAGAUCCAACGGUCACUUUUGGGCUCUACAACGCAAAAUUGUAGCACCAGAAUUUUUCAUGGGCAAGGUCAAGAGCAUGGUGGGGCUAAUGGUGGAGUCAACCCAAGUAUUGAUAGGAGAGUGGGAGCAACGCAUUGGAACCCAAGGUGGAGUCCCGGCAGAAAUUAGAGUUGAUGAAGAUUUGAGGGGUCUCUCUGCAAAUGUCAUUGCAAGAGCCUGUUUUGGGACCUCUUAUUUCAAAGGCAAACAAAUUUUCUCUAAGCUUAGAUUUCUUCAUAAAGCCCUUACCAGGCAAGGCACCCUCUUUGGCUCCACAAAUUUCCGAAAGAACUGCAGAGAGAUUAGCAGCUUGGAAAGAGAGAUAGAGACGUUAAUAUGGGAGACAGUUCAAGAACGCCAAAGGCAAAGUUCAAUUGAAAAGGACUUAAUGCAGCUAAUACUUGAGGAGGCUGUGAACAAUACUAAUGCAGGAAAACUUUCGCCGAAGCAAUUUAUAGUCGAUAAUUGCAAGAGCCUAUACUUUGCAGGACAUGACACAACUGCUAUUUCUGCUACUUGGUGCUUGAUGCUUCUCGCUUUACAUCCAGAUUGGCAAUCUAAAAUCCGGGCAGAGAUUACUCAAUUUUGCAAUAGUGAAUUGCUAGAUGCAAAUUCACUAUCCAACCUAAAAACGGUGACUAUGGUGAUUCAAGAAUCACUAAGGCUAUUCCCACCAGCAGGGUUUGUGGUAAGAGAGGCAUUUCAAGAAGUUCAAAUUGGAAACAUUACAAUCCCAAAAGGAGUGUGCACAUGGACUUUGAUUUCAACAUUACAUAGGGAUCCUAACAUUUGGGGACAAGAUGCUGACAAGUUUCGACCAGAAAGAUUUGCUGAUGGGCUCUCUAAAGCUUGCAAAUUUCCUCAAGCUUAUAUCCCAUUUGGAAUUGGGACUCGCUUGUGUGUAGGUAGACACUUUGCUAUGGUGGAAUUGAAAAUUGUUAUUUCUCUUAUCAUCUCCAAGUUUGUAUUAUCCUUGUCUCCUAAUUAUAUGCAUUCUCCUGCUUUUAGAAUGCUUGUGGAACCUCAGCAUGGUUUACAACUUAUAAUCCAAAAGAUUUAGCUAAUGGGUUUAGAAGAUUGUUAUAUAUAUAUUAUGUUCUUGAUAUAGUUAUAUAUACACAAUAUGUGUUUCUGUCUGUCCGCUGGACAUUCACUUGGGCAGUACUUAUGUUUUUAGUGUUCUGUUUUAUUUUAAGUCUUUUGGUUUGAUUUCUUUUCUGUAUCAGAAGAAACUAAUAAUAGGUUGGUUCGAUGUUGAGUGAUUUAAAUAUAUUUUUAU